CAUGUUGUUAUGUUGCUGUCUUGGUUGCAAGAUGUGUGGGCGUUGUUCACAAAACUCUAGUUGAUAGUUCUAAAGACGACCUUUACCCGUUAUUUCAAUAGCAAAACGUUGAAAACAGUAAUGGCUGCAAAGGUACAGCAAGGAAUCAGAAGUGUGAUACAAACUCUCCUUUCUCUGUUGGAGGAUGCAGGAAUUCCACGAAUGCCUUCUGAGUCAUUCAGAAAAGCAAAGUUCAACCAGCCCGAAGCAAUUGCAUCAUUUUGGACCACCCUAUUCAACAUAAUUGAGCUAUCCAAUUCCCUUGAAUACUCAAAAAUCACUCCCGUUAUUCAACUUCCUUCGAAUGAACAAAUGUCCCUCUUUGUCAGAAAGCAUCUCUUCACUUUGGGGUACAAUCGAACGAACUUUUUUAAAAAUCCAAUUUGCUCAAGGGAACUUGUUUUAGCAUUUUCUUGGCUGCUUUAUAAGUCGGACCUUCCAAACAAGUUGACACAAUUUCACCUCAGAGCAGCUAACACAGUCAGCAUACCACUCAAGACUACACGGAAGUUCCUAGUGGAAACUAUGGAGAAAGAAAUAGAACGCUUUAAAGAAGAUGUGGAACAAAUUCAGAAAUACAUAUUGAACUAUGAUUGUAAAGACAAAGAACAAUUGGAGGCAGCAUUGAAGAAACUGGAAUGGCUAAAAAGAAAGAUGGAGUGUCGAUUUAAAUCUGCUCUCUCCUCUCAACAUGGCUACCAGAAACGUUCUGACAAGAUACGCCAGUACACAUGGCGACCAUCCCAUAAUGAGCACCUGUCAGUACAUGAAGUGUUCUUAUUGCGACAUCCCGAGCAGCUGUCCAAUUACAUGCAGAAUCUGGAGAAGCACUUAAUGGCACUUCAGAGACUGAUGGAGUGGAAGACUUGUGAGAGUCUGUUUUGGCAAUGGAUGGAGAGCGUACUCGAUUUAGAUGAGAAAGAAUUGCUCAAAGCUGAUAGUUGCUCUGACGACAAUGAUGAGGGUGGCGGGAAGCCUGUUCUUGAUCGAGAGCAGUUGGAAUCAAGUCUGAGAAUAUUGGAGAAAGAAGUGGCUUCACUGAUAGAGAGAAACAGACCACACAUUGAAAAGAUUAAUCGCACUUGGCUUAUGAAGAGUAGGAGUGUGAGGGCCGAGGAUAUCGAAGCUGAGCUCGCUAAGAUCAAUUUAACUGACAAUCAUAAGCCUUUAAAAAUGUUCACUGAAGAAGACACAGCUUUUGUUGAGACGUUGGGGAGUGUUGAUGUAGCACUACGUCUACCAGCCCGUGAGAAGUCAAGUAAGCAGCGAAGUUAUCAGCUGAGCUCAACACUGGAGCAAGAGAGAGUCUGUUCCAACAGUUUGCAAGCCCUCAAUGUCAAGUUGGAGCAGGUGCAGAAUGAACUGGAUGUUACCAAAGAGAGGGCGAAGAUUGCUAAGAAUGCCGUUACUAGGCAACUCGAGAGAAUUGAACAAACACUCCCCCCCAAUGUAUGCAAGCUAGAAACAUGAACUCACAACCUGUGCAUGUACUAUUGUCAUUCAAAUCAAAAAUGCAUAAUAAUAUCAACAAAGUGAUUGAAUAUUGAAAU